GUCUUCCUGUAAUGUGCUCUCCUGUAACUUGAUGGAAUGGAGCUGCAAACAGGGAGGGACCUCGAAAGUGAAAGUUAGUGAGUAACAGACAGACUCCAUUUGACACUCCGACAGAGCAGCAGAAAGAGAACAGGGGUUACUAUUUCGUCUCUCAGAAUGGAGACCAUGAGAGAUUUGGAUGAUGAGGAGGAGGACACAACUUCAGUGUCCAGAAAACCUCCAGAUUUGAGUAAAACACUUGGAGCAUCUGCCACAAGACAGAGAGCAGAGUCUCCAGUCCCCAGCUGUCUGUCUCUGAAGAGUGACCGGUCUAUGGGGAAACCUAUCUACUUCAGUAAUGAACCUGGACCCUCAGACACAGAACAGAGAGCAGAGUCUCCAGUCCCCAGCUGUCUGUCUCUGAAGAGUGACUGGUCUAUGGGGAAACCUGUAAACUUCAGUAAUGAACCUGGACCCUCAGACACAAGAGGGAAGAGGAAGAGUGGUGUUCCUGUGGAGGAGCAGCUGUCCAGCUGUGCUCUGUGUCAGGACGUCCUGAAGGAUCCAGUCUCUACCAGCUGUGGACACUGGUUCUGCAGACAGUGCAUCACCUCAUACUGGGAGCAGCGCCCUCCAUCAGGAGACCCCUCCUGUCCCCAGUGUGGAAAGAGAUCCAGAACUGGACUGCAGACAGCCAGUCAGACCAGAACAGUAAAAACAGAACGUGGUCUGCAGGAGGUUCUAGAUGAACAUAGGCUCAGUCUGAGGAGGAGAUAUGAACGUGUGACUGAAGGAACUGAUAAAAGUGAAACCCUCCUCAACAGCAUCUUCACUGAGCUCUACAUCACACAAGGCCAGAGUGAAGAGGUUAAUACCCAACAUGAGGUGAGGCAGCUGGAGACAGCUUCCAAGAAGAAGCCCCUCCAUGACACUCCAAUCAAGUGCCAGGACAUCUUUAAAGCCUUACCUGACCAACAGACUCCCAUCAGAGCGGUCCUGACCAACGGAGUCGCUGGAGUUGGAAAAACCUUCUCAGUGCAGAAGUUCACUCUGGACUGGGCCGAGGGUUUGGGGAACCAAGAUGUCAGUCUGGUGAUCCCGCUCUCCUUCAGGGAGCUGAACCUGAUCAAAGGAGAGCAGUACAGUCUUCUCAGGCUGCUCCAUGUUUUCCAUCCAACCUUACAGAAGGUCACAGCAGAGCAGCUGGCUGUCUGCAAAGUGCUGCUCAUCUUUGACGGCCUGGAUGAAAGCAGACUUUCUCUGGACUUCAGAAACAAUGAGGUUGUGUCUGAUGUCUCACAGCAGUCCUCAGUCAACGUGCUGCUGACAAACCUCAUCAGGGGGAAGCUGCUUCCCUCGGCUCUCGUCUGGAUAACUUCCAGACCUGCAGCGGCCAAUCAGAUCCCUCCUGAGUGUGUGGACAGGGUGACAGAAGUACGAGGCUUCACUGACGCCCAGAAGGAGGAGUACUUCAGGAGGAGAUCGAGUGAUGAAGACCUGUCCAGCAGAAUCAUCUCUCACAUCAAGAGCUCCAGGAGCCUCCACAUCAUGUGUAUGAUCCCAGUCUUCUGCUGGAUCACUGCUGCAGUUCUGGACCACAUGUUGACUACAGACCAGAGAGGAGAGCUGCCCCAGACCCUCACUGACAUGUACUCACACUUCCUGCUGGUCCAGACCAAGAGGAAGAAGCAGAAGUAUGAAGAGGGACAUGAGACGAGUCCACAGCAGCUGACGGAGGCUGACAGGGAGCUUCUUCUGAAGCUGGGGAGGCUGGCGUAUGAACAUCUGGAGAAAAGAAACAUCAUGUUCUACCAAGAAGACCUGCAGCGCUGUGGUCUUGGUGUCACCGAGGCCUUGGUGCACUCAGGAGUUUGUACAGAGAUCUUCAAAAGAGAGAGUGUGAUCUUCCAGAAAACAGUCUACUGCUUUGUUCAUCUGAGCGUUCAGGAGUUCCUGGCUGCAGUCUACUUGUUGCACUGUUACACCAGCAGAGACACAGAGGUGCUGAAGGACUUCCUGCAGGGAGACUGGGACGAUGACAAUGAUAGCAGGGAUCAGGAUUACCCAUCCCUGGAUGUCUUCCUAAAGAGAGCCAUGGAGAAAUCCCUCAGAAGUAGAAAUGGCCACCUGGACCUGUUUGUCCGCUUCCUCCACGGCCUCUCUCUGGAGUCCAACCAGAGUCUGUUAGGAGGCCUGCUGGGUCGCACAGACAACAGACCAGAAACCAUCCAGAGAGCCAUCAGCAACCUGAAGAAGAUGAGAAGUGAUGAAGACUCUGAUGAAAGGAGCAUCAACAUCCUCCACUGUCUGACAGAGAUGAAGGACCACUCAGUACAUCAGGAGAUCACAGAGUUCCUGAAGUCAGAGAACAAAUCAGAGAAGAGACUCUCUGUGAAACGCUGCCCUGCUCCGGCCUACAGGCUGGAGAUGUCAGAGGAGGUUCUGGAUGAGUUGGACCUGGAGAAGUCCAAAACAUCAGAGGAGGGACGACGGAGACUGACUCCAGCUGUGAGGAACUGCAGGAAGGCUGUAAUUCCUGACAGUGGAUUCUUAGACUGGGAAGUCGUGGCCUCAGCUCUGAAGUCUGACCCCUCCAAUCUGAGAGAGCUGGAGCUGGAAGUAGACCUGCAGGAUUCAGAGGUGGAGCAGCUGAGUUCUGGACUAAAGAGUCCAAACUGUAGACUGAAGACUCUGAGUCUGAGAGGCUGCAGCUUGUCAGAGAUCAGCUGUUCUGCUCUGGCCUCAGCUCUGAAGUCCAACAUCCAUCUGAGAGAGCUGGACCUGAGUCACAACGCUCUGCAGGAUUCAGGAGAGCUGCUGAGAGAUCUUCUGGAGAGUCCAGACUGCAGACUGGAGACUCUCAGACUGAUUAGAUGCAGCUUGUCAGAGAUCAGCUGUUCUGCUCUGAUCUCAGCUCUGAAGUCCAACAUCCAUCUGAGAGAGCUGGACCUGAGUCAGAACGCUCUGCAGGAUUCAGGAGAGCUGCUGAGAGAUCUUCUGGAGAGUCCAGACUGCAGACUGGAGACUCUCAGACUGGAGUACUGCAGGUUGUCAGAGAUCAGCCUUUCUGCUCUGGCCUCAGCUCUGAAGUCCAACAUCCAUCUGAGAGUUCUGGACCUGAGUUGGAACGAUCUGAAGGAUUCAGGAGAGCUGCUGAGAGAUCUUCUGGAGAGUCCAGACUGCAGACUGGAGACUCUCAGUCUGAGGUGGUGCAGUUUGUCAGAGAUCAGCUGUUCUGCUCUGAUCUCAGCUCUGAAGUCCAACAUCCAUCUGAGAGAUCUGGACCUGAGUGAGAACGCUCUGCAGGGUUCAGGAGUGGAGCUGCUGAGAGAUCUUCUGGAGAGUCCAGACUGCAGACUGGAGACUCUCAGGAUCGGAGAAGGAGAGACGAUCAGAGCCAAGAUCCAGAAGAAAUGUCCAUGAGGGGAUAUUGUUAACCAUCAGGCAGUGCAUUCAGCCCCGUAAUCCUGCCUUUGUUCGUUUCCUGCCAUUUCUGUCCCUCAAGUCUUUGGAAACAGUCAGAAGAACGGCUACGGAGAAGAGGAAGAACAGUUUUAAACUAGAGAAUGCAAUUCCUGAAGAAAUUGCUAGUGGGAAUGCUUUAUGCUGAAAUAUAAUGUGUAAGAAGAAAGUGAAUAAUCAGGAAUAUUUGGAUGACUUCCAUAUGAAUGAAUAUUAUGUUAAAAAGUAGCAUGAAACUCCAAAUGUAUAAAUAAUGUUAAAGAUUUAAGGCUUUGAAUGUAGAAUGUUAUUCGUAGGAAAAGUUGAAAAUGCAAAAAGCACAUUUUAUUUUCAAAAACCAGAACAUGGGGAAAAAAAACUAUAUAAAACGUUUCAAAUCAAUUACUAACAAAUAUAUUCUGUAAAACCACAAAGUGAAAAGGUGAACAAAAAUAAAGUAAUUUGUGUGAAAGAACAAGUGAUAAAACAACUAUAUACAGAAAAAUCACUCAAGUGAAUAAGUUAAAAACAAACAAUAUAAACAUUUCACAUCAAUUACUAAAGAAAAUAACAAUCUGAAGAACAAAAAAUCUAAAAUACAGAAACUAUUCAUAUCAAUUAAAUAAAUCAAACAAGAAGUGAAGAGAAAAAAACAGCAACUUUUCAUAUGAAUGAAAUGAUAGCAGUCAAACCAGAACAAGACAAAAGCAAGCAUCAAACAAACAGUUUUACGAUGCAUUUCAUGCACGUCACAUAUGUAUCUUUUUAUUGAACAAUUAAAAUCUCCCCCUAAAUGUCAUGAAAUAAUA